AUGGCACUCGAGCCGCUCAAGUCAACACGUCCAGGCGACGAGAACAUAGUAACACCCUUGCGAUCGAAAUCAGUGCUUCGCGGAGACGAUCAAGCGAUGGCACUCGUGGAGCCGACGCUAGUGCAUCCUGGGGAUGAUAACAUGAUGGCGCUGAUGGAGCUAAUGUCAGUCCACUCAAGAGACGAUAUAUCUAUUGUACCUGUGGAAUCGAGGGCACUGCAUCCGAAGGAGGAUAGGUUCACCGACUCGGGCUAUGGGAGCGCUGUGGGCUCGCCAAGAACCGAUGAGCAGGGUGCAAGUGCUCAAACACAACCGCAGACGGAGCCCAAUCAAGGAUUCAAUGCCGCAAACCAACCUAAGCCGACCAUAGUUGGUGCAACCCGAGGUCUUAAAAAGUUCGAGAAAGAAGUCGAUCAGUCAAUCAUUGACAGAUUCCAGGAUGUUGUGGAAAGAUUGGAAGGCCCUUUGUUCGAAUAUAUGCGCAAAUCAUGGCGACAACCUCGUCCAACCGCCAUCAGACUGAUGGUCUUGGGUAAAGAUGAAGGAGAUGCUAGACCCUGGAUAGUGGUGUUAUGCUCCCAAGAUCAGUCGAAACGCAUUAAACGAUUCUUCCAGCAGAAGUUUGCUAAAGCAGUCUACUGUCCUGAAGGCCCAGCAGAACAACGCUUCGAAGUCCUUGUCAUCGGUCAGCCGCCUAGACCCAAAGCUGCCAACGCAUCGCCCGAGAUGUUUGAUGGCUUACUCUCUCCAGCUUUGGAGCGUAUCAAGAUUACUUCUUGCGGCACUAUGGUCAAGCUUUCUGUUCAAGACCAUGUACGAUUUGCAACUCUUGGAGGUAUUAUUAAAGUCGUCAACACAGAUGGGAGCUACAAUUUGUACGGACUGACAGCGGGACAUAUCCUUGAUCCGCCUGAAGCCUCUAUCGAGAGUGAUCAAUCUGACACGAGCAGCGAGCUCGACGAAGACGAGUUCUCUGACGAAGAAGACUAUCUUGAUGAAGUCAGAAGCAACACAGACAUCUUCGAACAUCAUUCAGAUCUCAAUGAAGACUUGAACUCCUCGCUUCGAUUCGUGCAAAAUCCAAAAGCCACAGACACUUGGUCUAAACUAGGAACGAUUUCACUUGGGUCCAGACAAGUCCAGGGUUGCAAUCGCGAUUGGGCCUUGAUUGAAAGCAUUGAGCCAAAAUUUUAUCGACCGAAUUACCUGGUUGGAGAAGUCAACAAUUCACAGCAUCGAUGUAAAGACCUUCAAGAACCAACUAGGGAUAAGACAGCCAUGAGAGCGCCUCGGAAAGUGGUUGUGAAUAGUGAAUCAUGCUCCCCUAAGUUGAGGCAAGGUGUGCUCUCUAAGCUCCCGACCAUGCUGAUGCUGCCCCCCGCACGAAAAUUCGUUCGCGUCUAUCCACUAUCGAUGGAUUAUGGUUCAGGUAUAAUUCACGGCGACUCCGGUGCCUGGGUCGUCAAUGACAGCUCUCUGGAGGUUUAUGGGCAUAUUGUUGCCGGAGAUACUUUUGGAGAGGUCUAUGUGGUUCCUCUUUGGGACACUUUUGAUGACAUCAGGCGAGAAAUGAAUGCAACAAGUGUUUCCCUCGCAACCUCGGUCGAUAUUCUAUGCCACACAUCAGAGACAGUCGAAAAGAAAGCAAAGUCAUCCGAAAUGGCCGGGAAAGAUACAUCGACCCUCAAUCUGAAAGGCUCUCUAUACGCUUGCACCUUGGAUUCUCCGGUGGAGGAGGCUCAGCCAUCAUCCAAAUCUUUCGAGGACCUAGCAAAGAUGAGCCAAAAGACCUCCUCAGAUCUGCCCAUUCAGUGUUGGGGCCAAGAUUCACCGUUGCCGAACGAGGACAAGUCGCGGUCUGAAGACUCCGGAUACUGCGCUUGGGGAUCUGAAUCACAAAAAUCCUCCACUUAUGAGCACAACCCAUACAGACAUCACUCGUUCGAGGCUUACGACUCUUCACCAAAUCAAAUCUUCGGAAAUUACCCAUACGGAGCUCAUGGACCAACGCUACGCACAAAUCAACCUCAUAAUCAAUCUCUGUGUACCUCCUACAGACCUAUGUCUUCUCUAAAUAUGUGCCUCGGUCAUCAGCCCUACGGAUAUCCACCUCUCGCAUACCCGCCUCAUGGAUUCCCGGAUUCCCUUAUUCCGUUUCACGGAUCCGCACCUCUCCCUAUAUCCCCUCCCAUGCCCCUAUCACAACCAGACUCAGGAUAUGCGUCCAACCCCUCCUCUAUGAGUGGUAGCCCCGUACCAAUUGGAAAAUCAUGUUCGCCUCCGAGAGCACCAAGUUGUGUUCCUCGACCCGUGACGUCCCUCCCUCAAUCCGGCCAGCACCGACGACAAAUGCCUGAAAGCAGAGAUAUUGUAAUAUCUUCAAGAGAGUCGCGGGGGAUUAAGAUCAAGGCGCCAACGCAAGCAUUUUCAGAGGAACAGCAGGUCUAA